ACCCUUCCAUCAAACGAGCGAGCGAGGCGCUGCGUGCGUGCGGGGUGUGCUCAAAGUACGCCAACUGUACUACGAUAGCUCCUGGAAGAAAGCAAACAAGCAAACGAAAGAAUGACUAUCUGAAGCGUCCAUCAACGCCAACAAUGCCAACGUUGUUAUCAAGAAGAAAUUGCGUUUAACGGAUAUUCUGCAGGACGUUUUGUGAUGGCUACGACUGAGAUGGAGUCUACAGAGCAUGAAACGGUCGAUCCCGAUUCAAAGUACCCAUUGAAAGUUCUUUAUUGUGGAGUGUGCUCUCUCCCUUCAGAGUACUGCGAAUACAUGCCCGAGCCAGCCAAAUGUCGGCAGUGGCUGGAGAAGAACUUCCCAGAUGUUUUUGCCCGGAUGACUCUCGUCAAAGCCCCCAAAAAGGACCCUGAGGCUGGAGACGUUCCCCCUGCUGCCGAGGAGGAGGAGAAGAAGAAGCAGAAGAGAGGCGGGCGAGGCCAGAUCAAACAGAAGAAGAAGACGGUCCCUCAGAAGGUGACGAUAGCCAAAAUCCCCCGAGCCAAGAAGAAAUACGUGACGCGGGUGUGCGGCCUGGCAACCUUUGACAUUGAGCUGAAAGAGGCUCAGCGGUUCUUUGCUCAGAAGUUCUCCUGUGGCGCCUCCGUCACGGCCGAGGACGAGAUCAUCAUUCAGGGAGAUUUCACCGACGACAUCAUCGACGUCAUUCAAGAGAAGUGGCCCGAGGUGGAUGACGACAGCAUCGAUGAUCUGGGCGAGGUGAAGAAGUGAAGACCAAAAUGUGCACUUUUACUGAAAACGUGGAUGUGACCAGAACUAACAACUCGGCCAAAUGUACACCUUAACGUCAUUUUAUACCUAUUUUAUUUACUGUACAUAAAUCGCUGCGCAGUACCUGGCCACUCACUUGACCUUGUUUUUGGUUUCUUUCAUGUUUCUCGCCAAAGGGUGUGGUCUCAUGUCAGCACCUCCACACACAGUGUUCCCUGAAGUGAAAGCGUAGGCUCAUCGAUUCCGGUUUUUCCCUUGUUUAAACCAUUAAAAAGAUUUCUUUUCA